GGUGGGAGUGAUGGUGGGUCCGGGGUGGGGGAGGAUGGUCACUGUACACGUGUAAACAAGACAACAUGGUGAAGGUGGUGGAGCAAGUUGUUCCCAGGAAGAGGAGGCGCUUUAAUAAGAAUAAGAAGAAAGCGUGGAGGAAGAAGACUAAUAUAGACGAUGUUGAGGAAAAUCUGGAAGAAGAAAGAAGGGAAGAGAGAUAUGGAGGUCCCCUAGAGGAGAGAUGUGAUAAAGAGUUACUAUUUCUGGAUGUUGGGGAGGCAGAUCCCAAAGUGGAGUUGAAAGAUGAUGAUUUCACUUUUGAAUACACUGUGGAUAAGAUACCAGAGGAUUCCUGUAGUGCAAAAAAGGCCACAAAAGUUGCAUUGAAGCCAAGCUCUAAGAAACAUCAGGUGAAGACAUUGAAGGCCCACCAGUUUAUAAAUGGCUUACAAGGAGUUAAGCCACCCCACAAGCCAAGAUUGAAAAAAGAUGGACUGUCUGUAAAAAUGAAGAAAAAGGCACAGUUAGAAGCAAAAGAUCCAAAAUUAGCCAAAAAAGCUGUGCAGAAACUGAAAGAAAUAGCAGCAGCUAAUAAGAAAAGAUCUAACAGACCCAGGACUGUCAUAAGAACAAAGUUUGAAGAUGAUUUGUGGACCACAGGAGCUGAUGAUGUUACACAAGAAUGCAAUAAGAAGGGUCUUGAAGAUUCUUUUAUCAAAGAUAUAGCUAAGCACUAUGGGAUAAUGAGAAAAUUACGACCAGUCAAUGUUCCCAAGUGUAAAUAUGUUAAACCAUCUAAACUUAAAGCAGUGCGACCACCACAUUCAGGAGCAUCAUACAAUCCUUCCUUCACUGACCAUCAAGAGCUGUUGCAAAAAGCCAUCUCUCAGGAAGAAAGUCGGAUGAGGAAAACUGAGCGUGUAGAAUGUUUAACUACUCAAAUGUUCCCUACUAUUGAUGAAGCUCCUACAGAGGAAACGUGGCUUCAGGAAAUGUCACAAGGCCUUCCAAAGGCUGGAGAUGAAGAUAAUGAAAUUAAGGAAGAGGAAGAGGAGGAGGAAGAGGAAGAGAAGGUUGAUAAUGAACAGUUAACUGUGACACACAAACCAAGGAAUGAAAGAAAAACAAAGAAACAAAGAAGGAAAGAGCUGAAGGAAAAAAUAGCAAAAUUGAAAAGGCUGGGAAAAAAGGAAGAACGUGUUCGAGAGAGCUGUGUUUUCAGGGUCAAGACAUAUCAGAAAGAGAUUGAUGAAUUUUUAGAGCUAUUAAAGACACGCAAACAUUGCCGCAUUGGCAGACAUAAACAGCGUCAGUUCAUGCCCCGUUGCCUCGGUAGACUAAGGUUUCACGAGGAGGAUGUAGUGGUGAAUCUAGGUAAUGAGCUGCCUGGAAGCCUGCGUGAGGUAGUUCCAGCUGUUAGUCUCUUAGAAGAACGUUUUAAGAAUCUGCAGCGAAGAAAUAUGAUUGAACCCAGACUUCCUCACAAGAUGGUGAGAAAAUACAAGCUGAAGAAAACAGUGAAGCGUAAUUACAAAUUAGAGUUUGAUAAGAUUGAGAAGAUGGUUGAUUCACUGUUAGAAUAAAGUUACUGCAUCUGCUAUUGGAUAUUUUCCAUAUUCAGAUACCAUUGAAUAAUCCACAUUUAUUUAGUUU